AUGACUCUCCGAUCUCUUCUCGUUGCUGCCCUGGCCGCCCUGGCCGUUGCAAGCCCCGUCCCAACCACCGAGCUCGAGGCUCGCCAGCUCGCCGACACGGCCAACGACCUGAAGAGUGGAGCCUGCAAGGCCGUCACCUUUAUCUUCGCUCGUGGCUCAACCGAGUCCGGUAACAUGGGUCUCGUGGUUGGCCCCGGCGUCUGCUCCAACCUGAAGCUCAAGCUCGGCGGCGAUGUGGCCUGCCAGGGCGUCGGAGACGGCUACACGGCCGAGCUGGCGCCCAACUUCCUGCCGCAGAAUACCAACCAGGCGAGCAUUGAUGCUGCCACCGAUAUGUUUGAGCUCGCGGCGUCCCAGUGUCCGGAUACGCAGAUUGUUGCGGGUGGAUAUAGCCAAGGCUCCGCCGUAAUGGACAACUCCAUCCAGAAUCUCUCGGACUCGGUCAAAUCAAUGGUCAAGGGCGUGGUCCUCUUCGGCUUCACGCGCAAUCUCCAGGACGGCGGCAAGAUCCCCAACUACCCGGCGGACCAGACGAAAGUGUACUGUGCCGUCGGCGACCUGGUCUGCUCGGGGACGCUGAUCAUCACCGCGGCGCACUUGACCUAUGGAGCUAAUGCGGGCGAGGCGGCAACCUUUUUGGCUAGCAAGGUUUCUGUUUAA